UGGCGUUUGGGGAAGCCUGGAAGAACACAAACACAUCGGACUCGCGCGGGGGCAAGAGAAACGGGGAGAAAGUGACAUUUUUAUCAUUUCGUGCGCUCAGUAUGAUUUUUACUUGACGCGUUCGAUUGUACUGUACACGACCAAGUGCGAUGAUGAGCGCGCACCCACUAAAGAGAGCUUGUGAGGUUUACUUUACGCAUGCUUUGUGAAAAAAACAAAACAAAACGCUGUUAUUUGAUUUUGAUUUAAUAGGAAAGUUCAAACAUGGGAUCGAAGUUGACCAGGCAAAGUAGUUUGGACAGCCAGGCGACUUUCUUUCGGAGGGGUCGACAGCAUCAUGAGCGGGAUGUGGAGAAGAGGAGUGGAGGAAGAGGAGAGUUUUUGUUCAGUUCUCUCAUGCUCAAGUCCGACAAGCUCCCCGGAAUGCUGCGCAAAUCCAGCCCCAGCCCGUAUGUCCGGAGAGUGGCUUGGGUUCGGGAGAUCCAGAGCCUGCUGAAGGAGCAAAAGGCGGAGCAAGCCAUCGAUGUGCUGAAACUGCUCAGAAAGGACCUCGGUCUUGAAGGAACAUCUCUCAACGACAUCCUGUACAAGAACGCUGCCUUCCUCAACCUAGUGGAUCCAAUUUCCCAUGAGCUUUUGCUCAAUUUGGCCCGAGACAUGCAGUGUCCAAAGAGGGAGUCUGAUGCUCUCAAGUCGUCUGAGAAGAUCUGCAGGCAGCUGAUCUAUCACCUGACCCCUCACUCCAAGUGGAGCAGACAGAACGUGCCCAGGAGGAAGUCUCAAGCCUGUUUAAAAACUACACUGAAAAAGAAAUUAACAAACGAUACUGUGGAUCUGUCUGGUAUCCCCCUUUCUGGCCGUGAUCUACAUCGUGUGGCAUACUACCUUCAAAACAGUGGUUCAUCCGUGACAGCAGUGGACAUCAGCUUCACAGAUCUCCAAGAUGACAGCCUGCGACUUCUUUUACCGUUCUUAGGAGUGCUACCCAAGCUCACCACCCUUGCAAUCAACGGUAACCGACUGACUGUAGCUAUCCUUAAAGACCUGAUAGAGGUGGUUAAGGACCCCAAAAAGUUUCCCAGUUUGGCCUGGGUGGACCUGGGCAACAAUGUGGACAUCUUUACUGUGCCUCAGCCAUUGCUGGUCGCCCUACGCAGACGUUUUGGAAUGAGAAGCAGCCUACCUACCAUCUACGAAUACAGCGAGGGUCAAGGCAGCAGCUACUGCCUAGAGACUUCUACUGAGGAAAUCAGUGUGUUCGACGAGGAAGAGGAGGAUGAAGAGGAUGAGCUGGAAGAUCAUCUGGUGCUGGAGCCCUGGAGUGUAGAAGAGAAAAAUACAUUGCAUUACUGUGAAAGGUGAUGGACUCUGCUGUUCCUUGUGGUUUGGUAUUGUUCUUUUGUUAUUCUAACACUCAAAAAAAAGUGUAUCAACAUUCUGAAAGCAUUAAGCACCCUUUUCACACUAAACCUAAAUGGAGUGCCAUGAUAUAAAAUGAUCAUGUAAAGUAGGUGCCUGGAGGUGGGAUUUCAGAAAGAUCGCGACCCGUUCCUCACUCCCACAAACUUUAAUCUCAAAUCCACUCGCUGCAGAAUGUAGUCUUGUUUGCAAUGUUAAUCUUAAAUUUAGGGUCAAAUACUAACUGACCACAUGUAAACUAACAGAACGAGACCUACAACGGUGAACACAAGCCAGUCUUUGCUACCCACAUUAGCAACUUUUAGGCUUCUGAUGUGAAACUUUCACAGUUAACUUGUGACAGAUACGGCAAAAUGCUCCCCUCUGAGAAAGCUUUUGUCCAGGGCAGAUUCGCCUCAAUUAGACGAGCGCUGAGAGCGAGGAGAGGUGAGAGAAGAGAGAAAAAAGGCUGCCGGAGGGCCUGAGGGCUAGAAGGGAUACUGAUGUCUGUGUGUUUGCGUGCGUGCGUGUGUGUGUGUGUGAUGUUUUUCUGUGGAGGCUUAUGAUGCAAAUGUAGCUUCAGCCAGAGCUCAUUAAACAGGACACACAGGCAGCUGAGAGACUAACAAUGCCACACAACCAACAUGAUUAUUUUUCAUUAAAUCGCAUCCAGUUUGCAACAAGGGAUGACAUUAUAAGACACAUAAACACCUGGCAGUGUUUCAUCAGCGCAAAGCCAUGUUUGUAUGGUAACGGCGAAAUUGAUUUAAAUACUUUUAUAGGACGAAUAAGUUUUAUUCAUGUCAGUGUUUUGUAUUUUUUAAAUAAAUUUGAUGUGACAGAGGUUAUUUAUUAAUUAUUAAUGCUGCGCGUGUGUGAAUGCAUGAGUGUUUGACAGUAAAUAUGACCUUUUGAGUCGUUUUACGAUGCCCUUUGCUCCACAGGUGGUUUUUCCUUUACAGGCGUGCGUCUGAUUUGCACUUUACAUGACAGGCCUGUUUAGUUAGUUGCCUGGUCAUCUCCAUCCUUUUAUUUGAUCAUAUUUGUGACUCCAGCCUCAAAAUUUUCUUUGUAGUUUAAAGACAACGUGUUGGGUUCUAGUAUAAAUGUCGCAAACAGUGUGAUUCAUAUUGCUUCAAGCACCUGGAUGUCCUUGUCUUAUUUGUUUUAUAAUAAACAAUGAUCGUUCUUGCUGUGUGAAAUAAACUCCGUUUGUAAAAACA